AUUCUCUAUUUGUCUAUGUUUAUAUCACAUGACCCUUUUAUUUGUCCCCGUGAUCAAAAUCGGAAAAUUCAAAAAUAAUUACGCGCAAUGGCUAAAAUUAAAAUUGACGUUGACGACAUACACGAAAAUUCACUUGAUAAUAGUGCCGACAGUGAAUAUCUAAGUAUGGUGGAUGAGGGUUCCUUUGGUGCAGAGGAAAGGUCUCAUUUAGUAACACAACAGUUUUUGGAUACAAAUGAAAAUAGCACAUCUUAUCCUUAUAGAGAUAUUCAUCCGGCAUCAGUAACAUAUAAGAUAAUACCUGUCUCAGGAGAAGAGACUACUGCCAGCAUUGCUGAACAUUCACCUCCACAUGAGUUUUAUGUAAUUGGAAAUCCAGUGGAAAUGUUUGGAACAACACAGGCCCAGAAAAAAGCAAACACCCGCAGGGAUCCUAUACAAGCCAAAGCUAAUACAGCAAAAAAACGCGAUGAUAAACGUCGGGCGACACACAACGAAGUGGAGAGACGUCGCCGGGAUAAAAUCAACAGUUGGAUAACGAAACUGGCGGCUUUAGUUCCAAAUUCAGGUCUGCCCGACUCUGCGAGCAAAGGCGGAAUUUUAGCUAAAGCAUGCGAUCACAUCAGUGAACUAACACAAAAGCAAAAAAAAUUGGAAAAACUCGAAGUAGAAAAUGAGAAGUUAGUCCUUGAAAUUCUAAGACUCAACCAGGAAUUGGCCGCCGUGCGAAAGGAGAACAGCAGCAUGAGGGAUCAGCUCGCUGACAACUGCAUAGUGCUCAGCCACAGGCCGAAGGGCCAGAAGUCCUAGUUUUAAUUCCAGACUGGUGAGAAACUUAGAACUUAACCAAGGUGCUGAUAGAGCUAAGAGUGAAUGUGCAUAGUUAUCAUAAUUUACUCGGACAUCUAACAAGGAAAAUAAGUUUAUUGCUACAAUGAAAAUUUUAGAGGUAUUGAAUGUUGGCAACACUGGUGUUCUACUAUUUGGCUAUGGCUGUUAAUAAUAUGUUGAAGUUUUAAUAUUAUGUACAUUGAGAAAAUUGAGAGAGUCACGCUAAUGUUAUUUUUUUUAACUUUUUUAUUUUUCUCUUUUCAAUUACAAUUACAUAUUAGAAUCGUGUAAAUAUUAGGCAGUAUUUUUUUAUUUGUAAAUGAAAUCCAUAAGCCUUUCAAAAUGUGUUUUAAGUUUUAGUCUUAGGAGAUUAUUUAUCUACAUAUAAUUUAUUUUUAAAGAAACUAAACAUAGAAUUUGGUUUAUAAAACUUGAAACUCUUGUUGCACUUUCUUCACAUAAUUUAUCAUUGACAAUAAAUAUUUAAGAAUGAAACUGUUAUACAAAAUUAAUAGAAACAAUUGAGACAAAACUAGAAUAAAGUAAGAUAAUUUGUAAUAGGCAAUUAACAAAAUCAGUAUCCGUAUUGUUUCUUUUUAUGUAAUAAUCUUAAUAGUGAUUAUAUAGGCACUAAAUGAUAUAAAAAUGAGCCUAAACUAUGUUACUAUCGAAGGGAGAAACAGAAUGCCUUCCUGUAUUUCAAUUAUAUUGAAUUAGUUACGACGGGUGUGAAAAUAAAUACAAAAUACACAUUAUACAAAAAACUUACAAUACAUUUAUCACUUAAAUCGUGAGUUUCUCAUAUGUUAUUGUAUUUAAAAAAACCCGAUUAUAUUCGUGAUGUUCUUUGGAGCUAAUUAUAUUAUAUGUUCCAAAAGGUAAGAGAAUUUCAGAGUCAUGAGAAUCCGAACUAAACUGAUUGGAGGAGUUAACGGGAGUCUGUUUACCCUAGGACCAAAAGAGCCGUGCUCCUUGGUGGCGUAACAUCACGCGUUCGUAUUUUUGUUUAUACUUUAAAAUACCAUGCGUUAUAUUUAUGCUAGUUUCUCUUAUUUCUGUGCCGGUUAGAAAAUAAUACGGUUCAUGAGCUGUGGGGCCUGGAAGUUAUAUUUGCAGAAUUUAAGCAAAGAACAUGCAAAACACCUAAAAUGACCAUACAAAAAUACGACCCACGCGACCAAAGAGCAUGAUUCUUUUGGUCUCCUUUUUAACUGCUGCUGGAUAUUAUUUGUAUCGAAGUCGUUUUGAUUUUAUCGGGUUGGCAAAAGCUGGCAAAAAGAAUGAAUUAUCAUAAUGGAUAGCAUUUCAAUCUAAUAAAUCCCUAAAAAUAACAUGCUUUUUAAUGAUAUAACUUUUUUUAAACAACACAAUUUUGCCACAAUAUCACCUGUGAAAUUUCUAUGUCUAUUUGUUUAUUAUGCAACUAUUAUAUUGAAUCACAAUUAAUGUGUAAGAAAUCUGUAAAUCCCCGUUUAUAAUAAACGAACAAAUACUUUAAUAAAUGCAAGGAGCAUUAUGUGUAUGAAUAGAAAUUUGAGUUUUAAAAAUUUAGAAAAUUUUUAAUCGCAAAUCUUUUUUUAUUUGAAAAUUAUUUGCAUCAACAUUAUUUAAUGUAGCAUUACUCGCUAGGAAACUGGUAGCAAAACGAUACUAGCCGAAGGAACCGAAUGAAACGAAUUCUUACAUCUCGCAUGCGAACGAUGGAAGGUUGCCUAUUUGCAUAAAUUUUGAGAUUUAAUAUAACAUUGUAUACCUUUGCCAUAAUUAUAUUUAUGUCAAAUUAGCAUAAUAUCUCCUUACAUAAAAAUACUGACACAUAACAUCCUAAAGCAUAAAUUGACUGGUAUAUAGGUGUUAGCGGAUGUCAUAUAUACGUUAUUUUGUAACAUUAGCCUAAAAGAUAAGUAUACCAAAUAAUACAUAGCAAACAAUUAGUUGCACAAACGUCCAUUAACAUUAGAUUAAUGUCACGUUAUACAUACAUUUUAUUUAGAACUCUCAUUGACCUUUAAACGGUAUUAAACCUUAAUGGACGUUUGUGCAACUGAACGAAAAUAUUAUUAUUCCAAAGUAAUUAGGCAUAACAAUACAUCACGGAGUAACAUUACGGUUACUCUGUAAUCAUGGUGUGUACUAAAUAAAAACAAGGUAAAUGGUAUUAAUCCCGUAAAAAACUAUAAUUCUAAAGUAAAUGACCAUGAAAGCUUAAAACAAUAACAAUAUGCAAAAGGAAGGGUUCCCGGUGCGGUAUUCAUAAAAACAAUUUUAAUAAUCAUUUCUUACGCCUCCUUCGGCGCGUUCGUUAACGUGCGUUUAUGAAGGAAUGUAAUUGUUUUAUUUGUAUUAUAAGGCUAUAAUAAAAGUUAUUGCAAAAAAUCGUGUAUUGUAAUAUGUUGUAUUAUUUUUUUUUUAUCUAGUUAUAGUCAAACUGUAAUUCUAAAUAGUGUUGUAAUUAGUGUUAGGUAAUUGAGUUGUUUCAACAAGAUUCAAAUUUGCAUUUAAUCAUGUUGAUAUCAUUGCAAAUUUAGUAGUUUCUCAAAAUAUUACCUUACUAUUGCACGAGGUACACGCAGCACCGCAUAACACAUCAAAUUAUUUUGAGCUUUAUUUACAAUGAUCUAUAGUUAAAACUAACUAGGGAAAAUUUAUAGUUUUGUAUAGGUUCGUGUGCUGUUGAUUGUACAAAAGGUUCAUCAUGUCUCAAAUUCAAUCGUGAUAUCAAACAUUAUCUCCUUCACACUAUUACAUACAUAAAACAUUACAACAUUUGCAAUAAUUAGUUUGGCGUUUCAUCUUCUUCGAAUUUCUCUAAUAAAACUUUUUCCUACUAUAAAAUCACCUACAAAAAAUAAUAUGAAAUAGUACAGAUUUAUUUUUACGUACAUAUAUUUCAUAUUAUGUAUGUAAAAUAUUCAUGUCACAUUAAAGUGAAUAAAAUACAUAUUCCAACAAAGCGCCAUCUGUUGAUAAGUUAUCUAUACUAUACAGCCAGGUGCUCUAUUUUAAUUCACUCGUUUAAAAUCUCGUCCGUACACGACCUAAGUCACGCUCGACUUCUAAGUCGCAUGAUGCCGUUUUACAGUAUUUUUGAAUCCUUCUUCUGCAGGGUGACAAACACGAUUCGGAAAAUCGAAUUUUGUUCUUCGUAUUGUAUGGGAAAUAUUUUUGCCAUAUGCCAUAUAUACAAAAAAAAGCGUGAAUGUAAACAAAACGGCCAUAAACGGCACUUCAUUUCACCUUUUGACGGUUAUUCUAUAACUAGCAUAGCGUUCGCUAAACGACGAGUGUUUCAUACCUCUCGUUGCAGUCGAGCGAAUUAGAAAUGGCUAAUUUGUUAUGUCGUACGAAAAUCAGUAGAAAACGAGCGCUCGACACGAGCCGAAUGAUUCAAAAUAAGAGCUCCUGGUAGGUAUCUAUAUAAAAAACUCAUACCCCUAAUCUGCCUCUACUAUUUUCCCUUCGACAAAGUGUUCUCUGUCACGCAAUAAUAUACAAACGACAAAGAUAAAGCAAUACAAGCUAAUAUAGGCGUAAUAAAAUAGUGUCAUUUCAAAUGAACCUCCACAUACUUAAAUAUUACAAAUUAUAUGAUAACUCAAUGUGACAACGCCUUAUAAUGUUAGUUCUCUAACGAAACAUGCGUUCACUGCUAGAUUAAACUCGAUAUAGAUAAUAGUUAUAAAAACUAGUUUUAUAAUAGAAGUUUUUAUAAGGACAUUGUUUUUUGUUACUUAAGGUAAGAAGAAUUAAGACUAAAGGCUGAUUUACAAGUAAUAAUUUGUGAAGUAGAUCACUGAAUUCUAACAUACUCAAGUAUAUAUAGUCAAGUGGAAACGUGUUAUAUGCUAAGCCCGAGCACCAGCAUAAUCGAAAAAAAGUAAAUUGUAAUUAACUUUAUUACUAAUUUUUUACUUGCAACUUGUUCCUAUAUUCUAUGUUUACGUUCAGUUAAUAAUUUACAAUUCAGUUAACUACUUAUCAACUUAAUACAUGUAGAACAGCCUUCAAGUAUUUGUUACCUAUCAUUUAAUUUGCUUUUAUUAGUGGCUGAAUUUCUGUGUUAGAAACUUCAAAUAUUUUGUUUUUUACAAUGUAAUCACUCUUUACAUUAGCAGUAGGUAAAAGCAACAAGAGGAAGUCACUCAUUGUAACAACUAGAAACUUAUUUACAAAUUAAAACCUUGUGCCAAACCAUUUCAGUACCGAUGUUCUUGUAAAGCUGCUUAUUAUGUUAUAUUUUUUUUUCUAAUUAGCUCCCGACUGUAUAAAGAUAUAAUCAGGUGUU